AUGUUUGUGCUUCUUCACAGAUGGUUUUCUCAUCAUCUGCAACUAUUUAGCUUUUCCUUGAAGAAAUUAUGCGAGACAUUCAGAAAGCUCAGCCAGAUUGGAGAAUCAUUAUACUUAUAUACUUCAAUCCAACCGCGGCACAUGAAAGUGUUAGAUCACUGGAUUUUAUAUAUAGUGGAUUGUGGGUUCUACACUCAGAAAGAGAGGGAGGAAGGUGCGGCUCGUAUCCCACCCGGUACUCUUCCACCACCGCCGGUUUAUGAUGUCAAAGUUUGUUGCCAGUUUGAUCAAGAAUCCUGGUGGAACAAAGGAGGGAGUAAUGUUGUUGGUGGGAUUGAGUUUGGCCAAGGGCUUCAGGUGAGAAAAGCUAAUGUUUGA